GUUCUUGCGUUGAGGUAGAAAGGGGCCGUGGGAGUGCAGGGGAAGGAGAGGGAGGGGCUGGCACCCCUCCCCGGCCUGUGCGCCUGUGAUUUGAGCUGGGCUUUCAGGGGAGGCUAGGGUUUCAUCAGGCUGAGUGGACCAUUGGAGCUUUUCAGGACAGGAGGUCGGCUUGCGCACAGAAGAAAGGAGGGGGGGGGGGCGCGUGUUCGUGGACUGCAAAGCAGCCCCUGCACCAGAAGAUGGUUUUGGUAGUGAGGCCGUGGAAGGGAAGGGUUGGAAGGGGUUUUAGUGCCUGGACUUCAUCAUCUGGGUGGCAAGUCCUUGAAGGAUUUGGGGUUCUCUUAGCAUCCGCUCCCCGCAAGCGUAGACUUUCCACCCCCCUGGCAGGAGUGUGAGGACAGCCCCAUAUUAUCCACCCACCGCUUAGUAAGGAGCUGGGCCUGGGCCCAGACAGUCACCACCUCCCACUAAAUGGUGUGGAGCCCUUCUAGGGGCUCCGUGCCCCAUUCAAACGGUAAGAAAACUGUACCUUACUGUUCAUGAAGUAGUUCAUGCGGAUGUCCUUUGCCUGCCACGCAAAGAUUGCGGUAAUGGCGGUCAGGUGCUCUCAGAUGCUGAGUCUUUCAGUAGCUGGGGAGCCAGGUGAUGAAGCGGUGCUCCUGGAGCACACUCGUGGGGGGCUGGGGCCAGACGGCAAGGAUCGAUCCUGAAGGACAAGUGGACAAGAUAUCCCCGUGGACGAUGGCAGCCACAAUUCAGGCCAUGGAGAGGAAGAUCGAAUCCCAGGCCGCCCGCCUGCUUUCCCUCGAGGGGCGGACGGGGAUGGCUGAGAAGAAGCUGGCCGACUGCGAGAAGACGGCCGUGGAGUUCGGGAACCAGCUGGAGGGCAAGUGGGCCGUGCUGGGGACCCUGCUGCAGGAGUACGGGCUGCUGCAGAGGCGGCUGGAGAACAUGGAGAACCUGCUGAGAAACAGAAACUUCUGGAUCCUGCGGCUGCCGCCGGGCAGCAAGGGGGAGGCCCCCAAGGUGCCCGUGACCUUUGAUGACGUGGCCGUGUAUUUCUCUGAGCAGGAGUGGGGCAAGCUGGACGAGUGGCAGAAGGAGCUCUACAAGCACGUGAUGAGGGGCAACUACGAGACGCUGGUGUCCCUGGACUACGCCAUCUCCAAGCCCGAGGUCCUCUCCCAGACCGAGCAGGGGAAGGAGCCGUGCAGCUGGCGUCGCGCCGCCCCCAAGGUUCCAGAUGUCCCUGUGGACCCGAGUCCAGGCUCAGGGCCCCCGGUUCCUGCCCCCGACCUCUUAAUGCAGAUCAAGCAGGAGGGCGAGCUCCAGCUCCAGGAGCAGCAGGCUCUGGGGGUAGAGGCCUGGGCAGCCGGGCAGCCAGACAUCGGGGAGGAGCCGUGGGGCCUCAGCCAGCUGGACUCCGGAGCAGGAGACGUCUCUGCCGAUGCCGCCUCUGGCGUCCACUCCAACUUUGCCACCACGAUCCCACCCACUUCCUGGCAGGCGGAUCUCCCUCCCCACCACCCUUCUUCAGCCUGCUCAGACGGGACCCUGAAGCUCAGCACGGCGGCCUCCACGGAAGAUGUAAAAAUUGUGAUAAAAACAGAAGUCCAGGAGGAGGAGGUGGUGGCCACACCAGUGCACCCCACUGACCUGGAGGCUCACGGGACCCUCUUCGGACCAGGCCAGGCCACGAGGUUCUUCCCCAGCCCUGCCCAGGAAGGAGCCUGGGCCGUCCGCGUGGCAGGAGAGCCGCCCCGGGAGACGUCGGGGCGGCGGUGGGGUCGGAGCCCGGAGCCGCAGAUUUCCCAGCCGCCGGACUGA